GUUGUCGUCGUUUUGUCGUCGUCGUUGCCGUACUACGAACGAGUGUAGUGUGGAUAGAUACAAAAUUUAAUUUAAACCAUCAAGACAGUACAGAUCGAUUUGUGUUAGAUCUUAGAGUGGUUUGUAAAAAGGUAGUACCGUGAACGGAAAUAAAUUUGGAUUUUUUUCAUCAAAAAAAUAAAUAACAAUAGAUACCAAUUAAAUAAAGUGAAUUAAAACAAACAAUACAAAGAAUAAGAUUAACAAUUCCUUGACCCUACACAAUUUUCAAUAAAUGCGAACAUUUGUUGGGCGCCAUUUAAUAGUUUGUUUAUGAUUACUCAAUAAAAAGUGAAACGGUUUCCAAUAAUAGAUAUACAAGCUUAACUCUAAAUGAGUGCUAUUUGAAAUAAAAAUAAGAAAAGAGCGGUUAAAGAAGUUAUGUAAGUUUUUGGGUGGAAAAACACAUACUCGACUUGUCGCAGUUAUAAAUCGGAGUUUUGGAAUGUUUCACGAAUAUGUUGCAAGCUUUGGCGAAAUUUGGAUUAUUAACCAUCUUCAUCAGCGUUUAUCUAAGAUAUGCAGCUGCUGCAGAUGAAAAUGAUAAAAAACAAGUCUAUGUCACUAGUUCUUGUUUAGAAAAACCAUUUCGCUGUCCACAUCCAAAGAUCCAAUUUUAUCUCUAUACCAGACGAACUCAAGACAAUCCAGAUCUUCUAAAUGUCUUGGACGAAGAAUCUUUGUUCUACAGUCAUUUUAAUCCGAAACAUCCGACAAAAAUCAUCAUUCAUGGAUUUGGUGGCGGGAGAAAUAACUCACCCAGCCCUGAUCUGCGUGAGGCGUACUUUAGCAUUGGAGACUACAAUAUAAUUAUCGUAGACUAUGGAAAUGCCGUUAAAGAACCUUGUCUUAGCCAAAUGGAAUGGGCACCUCGCUUCGGAAGCUUAUGCAUUGCUCAGUUGGUCAAGUAUUUAGCUCGACAUCCGAGAGGCGUGCGUCCGGAUGAUCUGCAUUUCAUUGGCUAUAGUGUGGGAGCACAUAUGGCAGGUCUUGUUGCCAAUUAUAUAACUCCGGAUGAGGGAAAACUUGGGCGUAUCACUGGAUUAGAUCCGACUAUCUUCUUUUAUGCCGGAACGAAUAAUUCUCGAGAUCUCGAUCCGAGUGAUGCUAAUUUUGUUGAUGUCUUACAUACUGGAGCUGGAAUUCUAGGCCAAUGGCAUAGCAGUGGACAUGCUGAUUUCUAUGUGAAUGGAGGAACCAGUCAGCCGGGAUGUGCUUCGUCCACAAUUUUUCAAACUCUUGCAUGUGACCACACAAAAGUGACGCCAUAUUUUAUAGAAUCAAUAACAUCGAAACGUGGUUUCUAUGCCGGCCCAUGCCCGAAUUUACUAACAUACCUAAUUGGCUGGUGUGAACCGAAGGAUGCUGACUUUGUCCUCAUGGGUGAACAUGUCUCACAAGAAGCGAGGGGUGUAUAUUAUGUGACGACAAACCCUAAUCCACCUUAUGCUCGUGGUUUUCCUAAAAAGGGAAGAUCCUUAUUUGGUCGCGACUAUCACGGUGUAAGAAGAUGAACAAAGUCUUGGAUCAACAUGAAAAACAUAUUUAUAACUUAUCUAUUAAAAUAAUCAUCCUUUGAAACUGAGAUUAAUGUUCAUACCGAAAAAUUCAUCAUUUUAAAUUGAUAUAACCUUUAAAAAUGAUUUAUACAAAUAAGUUGGAGUCAAUUUUUAAUUUUUUGUAUAGAAAAAUGUUUUCCUUUAUUUCAAGAUCAUGGAUAUUUUGGUUACCUGCAUCUUAACAAAAUUUGUCAUUAAAAAUUUUAAGUUAAGAAAAUUAUAAUUCUCACUUUCAUUUAAAUCAAAAUGGUCGUGAGUUGAUGAUUAUCUUUAUUUUCA